UAUAAACCCGCAACAGGUGCCGCGGGGGGAGCGCCUGCCAUCAGUCGCCGCGCGACCGCCGAGCACGGACGUGCUGCCGCGAGUGAAGUGACUUACGAAAAACUAGUGAAGUGAACAACAGUGAUCUUUACUGUGUUAUAUACUGCUGUUGUAUCUACCGCUGUUUAUGCACACACUGCUAGCGGUAGUGCGAUGCGGCGCCCGCGGCGCGCGCACACGGCGCGGGUGAUCUGCGGCGCGCCGGCGUCAUGAGGAAGUUCAUGCGCACGCGCAGCGCCGCGCCCGCUCCCCUUCCACCGGCGGCGCCGUACCCGCCCGUCAACGGGCUGAACGGCCACACCAAGACCAACGGCCACGCCAAUGGCGGCCCGCGGCGCGAUGACCACUCCACCAUCUCCAGGUCCAGCAGGUACUGGGGCGGCUCCGGCGCGGGCGCAGAGCUGUGGGAGGACCCUGACUUCCCGGCCUCGCCUCGAUCCAUCGGCGAGCGUAUCUCAAGCCUCGUGUGGAGGCGGCCUCACGAGCUGAGCUCAGCCCCACUGUUCCUGGGUGCGGAGGCGGAGGACGCGGCGUGGGAGGUGGAGGUGGGCGCCCUUGGCAGCGGCGCCCUCUGCGCCGCGGCGGCCGCGCUGGCGCCCACGCCGCGCCUGCUGGCGCGCGUGGCGCCGCCGCAGAGCUUCAGGGACCACUACAGGGGCGCCUUCACGUUCCGCUUCUGGGUGUUCGGCACGUGGCGCGACGUGGUGGUGGACGACCGGCUGCCGUGCCGCGGCGCCGCGCCGCGCCUGCUGUCGUCCACGGCGCGGCAAGGCGACUUCACGCUGCCGCUUCUGGAGAAGGCUUACGCCAAGCUAUAUGGGUCGUACGCAGCGAUGCGCGCAGCGGGCGCGGCGGCCGAGGGCACCGCGCGAGCCCUGCAAGAACUGACCGGAGGGAUAGUCCAAUCGUUCUCCCUGCAGCGGCAGCCGCAGCCGCUGACGCUGCAGGUGCUGCACUCGGCAGCGCCGCGUUCCACCAUCAUCGUCGCUAGUCCUAGCGAGAAGGAGUCAACAUGGCGCCGGCGCUCUGGGCUGGCGUCGGGGCAGGCGUACGUGGUGACGGGGCUGGCGCGCGUGCGCGGCGGCGCGGCGCUGGUGCGCGUGCGCGGGCGCGGCGCGUGGCGCGGCGCCUGGGCGCGGGGGAGCGCGGAGUGGCGCGCGCUGACGGACGUGGACAGGGAUGCGUUGGACGCUAGGGCGCUGCAUCCUGACGAGUUCUGGAUGUCCUUCUCCGACUUCGCUUACGUAUUCGCGCGCUUGGAGCUGGUGCACGUUGGACCUGAUGACUGGAUGCGGGAACCAGCACUCCACGCCAGGAGACCUUGGAGGGCUGUGCUGGCCAGGCGUAGGUGGAGGAGGGGCUUCAACGCAGGCGGGCCGCCUGAAGCUACAGAGACAACAGGCACGAAUCCGCAGUUCCACGUGUCAAUCCCGGGCUGCGCGGGCGCCGGCAAGUGCCACGUCGUUGUGUCCGUGUUACAGCAGUACUGCCCACGCGGACGGACGAGGCUAAAGGCUGUGGGGUUCGCUCUCUACGAGCUCCCUCCAGAUGAUAAUGUUUCAGGAGGCACCGCGCCGCGAUCGCUGGCAGGAUUGCGGGCCCUCGACGUGACGCAUUGGUCCCGAGCAAGAGAAGUGGCCACGUUCUUCACUCUACCUGCCGGAGAAUACCUCCUCGUGCCACAUACGAGACGCGCACAUACCGAAGCCGCUUUCUUACUGCGGGUUCUUACCGACCAGCACGCCGAUAUAUGGGAAGUGAACGAGGACAAUUUGAUAGUGCGAAGCAUCAGUUCCGAGUUCCCCGACGAACGGCAGCCGCUACCUCCGGAGUUGCGAGCGACGCUUGUCAAGCUGUUCGGCAAGGAGGAGGUGGAAGAGGUGGACGCGGAAGCACUGCGCGCGGCGCUGCGGCGCGGCGGGGCGGGCGCGGCGCCGCGCGCGCUGUGCCGCGCGCUGGUGGCGCUGCGCGACGCGCGCGUGGCGGGGCGCAUGCGCGCGGCCGACGUGCCCGCGCUGGCGCGCCUGCUGGCGCUGUGGCGCGGCGUGUGGGCGCGCCACGCGCGCUGCGGCGCCGCCUCCGCCUACCGCGCCCGGGACAUGCUGCGCCAGGCCGGCGUGCACGCCAGCAACAAGGUGUUGGAAGGCUGCGUGGUCCGCUUCGCCCCCAAGGCGCAGCUGGCGGCCGACGCGUUCUUACUGGCGCUUGCUAGAAUUCACCUCGCGCACGAACGUUACCGCCUCCUCGACACGAAGUUGAAGUCCAAUCCUCUCUCGUUGGAAGAGAUGAUCCUGAUGACGAUCUACUCGUGAUCGUGAGGCGCGUGUUAUUGGAGCCGCUGUUGUCGAUCUACUCGUGAGGCGCGUGUUGUUGGAGCCGCUGUUGUCGAUCUACUCGUGAUCGUGAGCGCGUGUUGUUGAGCCCGCUGUUGUCUGUUGCGGAACCUUUAUGUUUACUUAUUUUAUUUGUUUGUGCGAGUGCAGUACGCUGGGACGAUUCUCCACAGAAUAUCAGGAACAGGGCCCUGUAAUAUCAACUUUACAACGUCUAUUGUCCUCUAAGAACAUUCGAGUUCAUAAAUAUGUACCUAUACAUUUUUUCACGUUAAUCCAUUGCAAUAAGGUGAAAAAAUGUAUACAUAUUUAUGAGCUCGACUGUACUACUCCUUAAUAUCCGGUUCGAAGGACCACUUGGACCGGUCCUUCACGACAUAAAUAAAGACUGAAAAGUUGUAUAUUACGGCAUCUUGGCAAUGUCAAAGUGUGGCGAUGCCUUUAUUUAUGUUAAAUACUUAUCAACUAAACUUCCGUGAGCCACAGACAUAUUAAAUAUACUAAAAACGGAUCACUCACGUAUUUUAAGUCGAAAAACGCUCAAUAUGUUUCAUUCCGUACCGAGGAGUUUUUCGACUGAAAGUAGGUGAGUGACCCGUUUUUAGUAUAUUAAAAUGCUUAUCUAUGGAAAUAUGACGUUUAUAAUGAUACUACAGCUUAUUCGGACUCUAAAGCUUCUGGGACUUGGACUUACAUUUUUUAAAUAUUUCUGUGUGAAAUCGACCAGCGCUGCGUGUGCGCACGCUAGGUGUAUGAGCGGCGACCAAAGACCAAUCCGUCCAAAUUGUGUACAGUACAAACGUAAACGUGCAGUCCGCUGCACUCACUUGUGAUAUACUUCAGUAUGCGAGGCGGGCUAUGGUAUUAAAAAAUAAACAAAACAAUAAAUCUGUGAGGUUUACAUUUGCUAUAAGUUUCAACUAAGUAUUAACUGUUCCUUCCUAAAAUACUUAUCUAUCUCUACUUAGUCGAAAGAUGGGCAGAGGGUCGCUAAUACAAAACAAAACUGUGUUUUCAUAAUCAGCCGAUUUUCUCGUGUUUGCGAGUCAUACACACAUUCAAAACUCGACUGUCUCGACUGAGCGGUGAAUGGCUCACAACAAAACCGAUAAGCGAGUAUAUGUGCGUGCAAAAUCGGUUUGUCGUGAAGUUACACUUUACAGUUUUAUGUUAGCGACCAAACCUCGGUCUAUUUGUCCACGGUGUCUUAUGUCUUACUCCCUCUUCUAACUUCACAAACAAUAAGAAUGUCUAUAUUUAUCUAAACUUUUCUUAUAGCCUAUAUACCUCAAAAAAUAACGCGCCUGCCCGCCGUUCCUAUGAGACGCUAAACGUAUUGUACCAACGAACACACACUUGAGUAGCCAUUGUGUACCUUAUCGCUACGAGAUAAGAACCAUAAGUGACCACUUGCGUGUGCCUUCGAUCUGAAGUUUAAGAUAUUGUUAUAGAAUGAGAUAUUAUAUCUGGCAGUUAUAUUUAUUGCUGUAUUUAAUAGAAUAAGUUUCAAAUGUUCAUGUGCAAUUUAAAUUAUUUAUUAAAGAUUAUUUUCAUACA